CACUAUUCAUUGCAAUGCAGGAUUUGGCAGAUCAAAGAACUGCUGAGAAGAGUUUAUUGGAAAUUACAAAGGCUAUAAACUCUUGCUCUGUGAAAAGCCAAUCAGUGAGGAGAAAUAUCAGCUAACGCUUGCCGCAACGGGUCUUGAAACAUGCUGAAUGUAUAAAUGACUUCAAGCCAGUAAUUAGGUGGACGUAACUUGUUUUAUUUAAUGUAUAAAUACAUAUCUCCGGUAGAUAUCUUUUUUGAAAAUCAUUAAUGAAUCCAAUUGAGAUGUUAUAGUUUAUUGGAGGAAUAUAUAAAAAAUUGUAAGAUUAGUUAAAAUAAACAAAAUAAAAAGGAAGAUUAAUGAGACAUAUUAAGUUUAAUACAGAAUGAUAUUGAAAUAAACAAUAAUUAUUCAUAUUGCCAGCCUUUGCGCACUUUAUAAACGGUGUAUAAAAACGUCGUAAAUACAAUAGCUGUUAUAAAUUCAAAAUGGAUUUUGUGACUUUAAACAAAUCGUUAGAGGAAAACACGCCAAACGUGCCUUUUCACCAGAUCAGCAAAAGCAUGACUUAUUGCGAAACUAAUUGUUCGAAUUCGACCUCGGAUCAUUUCCCGGUCUCCGAGGAGUUACCAAAAGAAAUGCAGUUUGGUGUGCAACAUGUGAUAUCAAUAACAGCAUAUUCCUGUUUCUUCGUUAUAGCGGCGAUAGGGAACCUGACUGUAUUUAUAACAUUAUUUAGGAACCGUAAUGAUAAAUCUAGAGUUAACAUGUUUAUCAUGCAUCUUGCGAUGGCUGAUAUGAUUGUAACGUUUAUCAUGAUGCCACUUGAAGUGGUCUGGAAAGCAACAGUUGAGUGGCUUGCUGGAGAUGCUGCCUGUAGAAUUUUGAUGUUUUUUAGAGCGUUUGGAUUAUACUUAUCGUCUUUUGUGCUGGUUGUUAUAAGCCUAGAUCGCUACUUUGCGAUUCUUUAUCCGCUCAGCCUCAAUGAUUCCGAUAAGAGAGGAAAGAUUAUGCUAGGCUUCGCAUGGUUAUUCAGCAUCGUUGCUAGUAUACCUCAGAGCGUCAUUUUCCACGAGGAUUCUCAUCCAAACCACCCAUGGUUCAAGCAAUGUGUCACGUUUGGCUUCUUUCCGACUAUAUUCCAUGAGAACGUUUACAACAUGUUCACAAUGAUUGCAAUGUAUGGUUUACCUCUGAUCAUUAUCACCAUGUCAUACUUGCUCAUUUUACGAGAGAUCUCAAAGAAAACACGGCAAAGUAAAGAGGAAAUGCAAGAAAUGAAUUCUUCAGGCGGACGACUACGGAGGUCAGCGGUAGGAAACAUUGAGCGAGCCAGAUCAAAAACGCUGAAAAUGACUCUAGUAAUUGUUGGUGUGUUUGUUUUCUGUUGGACACCAUACUAUGUUCUUGCAGUCUGGUAUUGGUUUGAUAGAGAGUCUGCUAGGCAGCUUGAUCCCAAAAUACAGAAUUGUCUUUUCAUAUUCGCUGUGUCUAAUUCCUGUGUUAAUCCAAUUGUGUAUGGUCUAUUUACAAUUAAUUUCAAAAGAGAAUUUAUGCGAUGCUGUUGCUGUCUAAAAUCAAGAUGGCGGAACGCUCGGAGAAACCAAGGAACAGAUUCUAGAUUGCGUGCUGGAAGAUCUAUGUACUCUAAAACAACACUAAGUUCGAUGCGUACACCAUCGACGGCAAAUCCUUCAGGCUUAAAGAUUGAAAUGCAGACAAUACCUUCAGAUGAUAGUGUUUGCAAAUUCAUAGUCAAGACAGAUCAUGCAAAUCAUCCAAAUAAUGGACUGUGUACUCCAAUGAGAAAUCCCCAGAUAAGAGAUUGUAGACAAAAUUCAAAUAACUUUCUCGUAGUGCAUAUGAAACAAGAAGCUGUUUAGUGACAGUUUUAAUAAAUAGAUGAUGGAAAAUGUAUUGACAUACUGGAAAAAAGCAACACAAAAUAAGAAUGUAAUACACACAGAAAAAUAAAAGUCAACAUUUUCUUUUUGACCUAUGACAUUUAUGAAAUUAAAUACACGCGUAUUUAUUAAUAGAAGUUCCUACACAUUUGUUUUGUUAAAGAUUUCGGUGAUUCAAUAUUCCUGUUGCCAGAUAUGUGCAAGCAUUGCCAGUUAUGUGCAAGCAUAACAUUAGGACAAGUGUGUUAAGACUGCCCUUCUGAUCUGCAUCUUUAAAGGUUGUAUUGGUGCGAACAGUAGCUAUGCGACGUUCUGACUUUUUUGGUCAAAUUUAAACAUCGUUCACUGGUAAGAUGAACAAAUAUUCCGAACGUAAUAUUCAGAGUAGCAUUUUGUUACAAAUGCAAAAGUUAUUGCUUUCAAAGUAUAUCAUUUUCAAUGUAUAGGAUAACUGAGGUUUCGUGUCAUUUCGCCCACUGUCUAAAGGACAUAAUUAUUUCUGCUUCUCAUUUAAAACAAGCAUGUAAAGCAACUAUCUAAAUCUAUAAAACUAUACUAGUUAAUGUUAGUAUUGUGAUGUCA